AUGGGCCUGCUUAGCCAACUACCGUCUUACACAUCCAAAUCCGGCGAGUCACUAUUAAGCAUAAGCAGCCGCUCUUCAAUACCAGAUACUUCAUCUACACCGGCAUCGGGGACUAACAAGGGUACAAACAUCCCCGCCAUAUCUGCUUUAGAAAACACAAGACGUUUUGGUGCUCUCCUUGAGUCUAUAUCGGGCGCAGGGUUCCACAACUUGGAUGAAAUGGUCUUCGAGUACUAUUCGGCACGAUUUGAGCCCGGCAGCUUGCCUGCCAUGGCCCAAUGUGCCAGCCGCAGUCGUCGCAUCAAGGCCACGGUGCAGAAUCUAUACGAAGACAGUCGUCAAUGGCCCCGGUGGGAGUCGCGGGGCCUGCACGAGAGCGUGUCGCAGGCGACUAUUUCGCUCUGUCUUGGAGAGAUGGAGCGGCUGAAAAAGGCCCACUCAUCGCAACAGCUAUCACAAAGUGAUCCGGGAUGCCUCAUAGUUGCUUUGGAACGUAUGCUACAAUCUAGCGCGCAAGGUAGCCCAACCAUAUUGGACGAGUUGAAGCUGUCAGAAAAUGCCGACGCAGCUGUUGAUGAGGUACAAUAUACUGGAAUUCUCUCCUGCGUCAUCAAACCCAACUGA